AUGAAGGUGGAGGGGCUACAGGAGGAUGGGGAGUCUGGUUCUGUGUCUUCAGCAGACCGGACCGCCGCCGGCAGGACGGCGGCGUGCGGCUCCGGCUCGGCCGAGCGCUGCAUGUCCCGGCUGCUGAGCGCGGUGGAGAGCGAGCUCCAGGCCGGCCGGGAGAAGGGCGACCCGACGGAGAGAGAGCUGAGGGUCACGCUGGAGGACGGCGAGCUGUGGAGGAAGUUCCAGCACAUCACCAACGAGAUGAUCGUCACCAAGAACGGACGCCGAAUGUUCCCGGUCCUGAAGGUCAGCGUGUCCGGUCUGGACCCCAGCUCCAUGUACUCCUUCCUGCUGGACUUCGUGCCGGCCGACGGCUGCCGCUGGAAGUUCGUGAAUGGGGAGUGGGUGGCGGCCGGCCGGGCGGAGGGCCGCGCCGAGGGGCGGGGCCACGGCGGCAUCUACAUCCACCCCGACUCGCCGAACUUCGGCGCUCACUGGAUGAAGGCGGCCGUGACCUUCAACAAGGUCAAACUCACCAACAAGGUGAACGGAGGAGGACAGAUCAUGUUGAACUCGCUCCAUAAGUACGAGCCUCAGCUCCACAUCGUGUGUGUCGGCUCUCGUCACCGUUUGGUUUCCAACGUUUCCUUCAAAGAGACUCAGUUCAUCGCCGUCACGGCCUACCAGAACGAGGAGAUCACGGCUCUGAAGAUCAAAUACAACCCGUUUGCUAAAGCCUUCCUGGACGCCAAAGAGAGGAACCCGGGCGGACGGGGCUUACAGGAGUCACUGGAGAGUCGCGCUGGGAUUCAACCCUGUUGGUCAUUGUGCUCAGCCGGAGGAGGCGGGGCUUAUCCUUACGGCAGCAGCCUCCCACUGACGUCACAUCAUCACCACGGUUACAAACACCAUGGUUACCCGGGGCGACACACACCAUACCCCUCUGCCUACCUGCCGCACCGCUCACACCCCUCAGUCUGUCUGUCUGAAGGUGUUCAGGUGUUAUCUGACGGGUGGAGCAGCUCCUCCCCUCGUCCGGCCUCCUCCUCCUCCUCCUCUUUGUCCUCCUCCACCUCUCUCCCCCUCACCAGCAACGCCUCUUCCUCACAGCCUCCUCCUCCUCCUCCUCACACCUCCAGUCAGUAUCCCUGCCUGUGGACGGUUGGAUGCGGUGAGCUAAGCCCCUCCCACUCACCGUGCCCCGCUCUCCACGGACCAAUCAGCGGCGAGAGCCUGAUGCAGCCUCCCAGCCACGGCCGACUGGGCGGUGCUGGGUGGCCACCUGGCCCCACCCACUCUUUCUGAGCAGUGAUUGGCUGAAUUUCUCUACAUGCUGACCACUGACAGCUGCAGCUCCUGGCUGCUCGUCUGUACCACCAACUAUCUGUGCACACCAGUAGCCUCAGCUGGUGGCUACUGGUGAAUGUUUGUACAUACUGGUAUCUGCUGGUGGCUCCCAGUAGGUACUGGAGGUUAUUGUUAUGUACUGGUACUUUGACUAUUUGUGGCUGCCAUUAUCUACUGAUGGUUACAUCUUUCUACUGGGGGCUACACAUACUGGUAGCCACUGGUUUCUACAUGCACAUACUAGUACUGGUGGUUACCAGUAUCUACUGGUGGCUCGGAGUAGACACUGGUGGUUUAAUACUGGUAUCUACAGAUGGCUCCUGACAGCAGUCCCAGUGGUUGCUUUUCCCAGCUGCCAUCUGUUGGUGCUGCGUUAAGCUGUACUAUUAAAUAUGUGUAAUUAUAUAUAUCAUAAUUUUAUUUCACCAGUUAAUUAUUACAGAUAAUUAGCGUCAAAGUUAGAAAAUUAGAAAGACCACAGUUCUGAGAGCUUUGCUUUGUGAAGACGCCCCACAUGUUGACAUUGUUGGUGUUAUGGCGCCCCCUAGUGUCAUCCUGUUCUGAGGGUGGUCUGUCUCUAUUCCAGCAGGUGUGUGUCUGUGCAGCCAUCAGCUGUGGUCUGCAGCACAGAAAGUGAUAUUUGAUUGAUAUUUGAUUGACAGGGAUAGUUUCCAUCACACUGACGAUGUAAAAAAAAAAAAAUUCAUGUCCAGUUUCGUCUUUUAUUUCAGCUGCUGCGUGUCGAUUGUUUGCUGUUGUUUCUCUGCUUAUGAUUGUUGCUGAAAAGCAGAAAAAAGAUGUUUAACAAAACGAAACAAAGAAAUUGUUCAGUUUCAUGUCUUUGGCUCUGCUGCCUGUGGAGGUCCUGAAUUAUUGUUCUGCUCUUUGUUGCUUUUGCAUGAAUUUCACUUCAUGGCUGAGACAGAAAGAGAGACGGCUUACUGUCACUCUGCUCUCUGUCAAUAAAGGUUUGAGGGAAGUUUGCUUGUGAUAUUUUAUUUUUCCCAGCAAGAAGAGGCCUUCACUCAGAUGCACAUACAGAGAGACAGCCGCAACAACCAGGAACAUCUUUUAGAUGCACUUUAAAUAAAAUAAAUCCCUCCAGCAAGUAUUUUUAUAGAGCAGAAAAUUUCCCCAAAAGAAAAGUAAUGGAUGACAACACAAGAAAUGAAAAAAAACAAACAAACAUUUAGUCUUAUUGUGUCAAAGCUAAUCAAUAAUAAGUUAAAAAAAAUGUCCUUGUAAAUCAAGAUGAUAAAAUAUUCAUCUUUUAAUGUGAAACAAAUGAAAUGUUGUAUGUAAAUUAUGUAUUGUGAAUUUCUGUAUGA